AUGAACAACUCUGAGGACACGAUUGUUACCAAUAAUAAUAGCGUCGCUGACAACAUACCAUCAAGUGUAGUUGUAUACGGACGACAUGAAUUCCUGCAGACUAGACCUGAACUAGCAGUUCCAUGCAUUAUUGUGCUUGGCAUUGCGUCAAUUGUUGGAACGUUGGGUAACCUGUUGAUACUCUUUGUCGUUGCUACAAAGAGGAAACUGAGGAAUGUGGAGUCCAUUUUCAUCGUGAAUUUGGCUAUUUCGGACCUGUAUGUUACUGUUGUGGCCGACCCCAUGAGUCUUAUAGCCAAACUUGAGGGGGAGGAGUUUUUUGGGAGUGUACCGGGACUCUGCAAAACUGUUGCCAGUAUCUGUACCAUAUCGUGUGUGACUUCAAUGAUGACGAUUGCAGUCAUGAGCUUGAACAGAUAUGUUUACAUUUGUGCCAACGACAUCUAUAACAAAAUAUUUACCAAGAAAACCUGUUGCGCCAUAUCGUUAUCGGUAUACUCUGUUGGAAUAAUUCUCGUCCUGAUGAAUACCGUAGGCUUUGGUGACCAUGGUUUUGACCAAAAAAGUUUAGAAUGUAUAUGGAACAGAAUGGAGACCUUCCCAUUUACGAUUAUAUUUUCUGUCAUUCUUGUAUGGAUACCUUCACUUAUCACGGGCUUAUGCUAUCUGAGAAUUUAUAUUUACGUCCGGAAACACAGACGUCGAAUACAAGAGCAUACCUCUCAAUCAUACAGUUCCGACGGGCCCCUUAAGAGUUUCCGCCUUGCUAAAACGUUGUUCUUAAUUUACGCCGUAUUUGUGUCAUGUUGGACGCCCUACGCCCUUCUAAUUGUUAUCGAUUCGAAAGACACAUUUUCGCACGAAGUUCAUCUAUACAUCACUAUGUUUGCCCAUAUGCACCCGUCUAUGAACUGGUGUAUCUACUUCAUAACAAAUACACAUUUUGCAAAGGCGUACAAGGAGGUUUUUGAAAAGUUUUUGUCCUGUGAGAAACGGACAAAAACACGUGUGCACAGAAUAGAAAUACAUCAGGUCAAGGUCAAUGAAGCCAUAAGACACUCCUAA